CCAGCCCUUGGAAAACGGAAGACACGCACAUCUCUGACACUUUUCUCCGUAGUUUUGAAGCUAAACGUUGAUGAAGAGUCAUACAGUUAAUGCACUAACACAAUGCCAGAGCAGUGGCUAUUUCGACCGACGAAAUCAGCUGAAAUGUGUGCUCAUUCCUGUCGGAGUCACAGUUCAAAUCAACACAAGAACGAUGAGCGAUAGACAUAAAACACUGAAUUGAUGUAUCAUGGCCGACAACAGCACAACGUCUCCUACUCCUUCCCAGGCUUCUGCUCUGACAGCCGGCAAUGUUGGUCUCAUUUUAUAUCUGUCUUUCUUGGUUGUAAUUGCUUUGUUUGGAAAUGGCCUGUUGUUAACAGUAAUUGUCAAGAGGCAACUUCUACAAAACGUUCAUUACUAUUUCAUACUCAGCCUAGCUACGUCAGAUUUCCUGAACGCUUUGCUGAAGAUUCCCACCACUAUUCUUGGAAAAUUUGAUCGCGGCUGGUAUCCAAGUUACAUCAUCUGCUACUUUACUACUCCUCUAGGGGUACUUUUUGGUGCAGCGUCCGUUUUCAGUUUGUCAGCGGUAGCCGUCAAUAGAUACUUUGUAAUUUCGUCACCGCUGAAUUACUCGGACAGAAUGCCGCCUUUACUAGCCAAGAUCAUUCUGGCCGUGAUUUGGCUCAGCAGUUUUUGUCUCGCGACUCCACCUGUGUUGUGGAGGGAAAAAGAAGCAAUCUGCCGUAGUGGAAACAUCUCGAAAGAACAUUACACUUCUGAAGUGUUGUAUUUUUUUCUAGCGUUAUGGCUAUUCGUGAUCCUGAUUCCAAGCAUAGUUAUGAGCGUGUCGUACGUGAAAAUUUAUUUGAUCGCUCGUUAUCAUGCUUUACAAAUAGACUCACAAAACCAGGCCAGUACACUGUGCCAACAGACAAAGAAAAGACGAAAGGAUUUCAAAGCUGCUGCGGUGUUAGCCGUGAUUGGUGGAAUUUUCAUCCUUUGCUGGUUUCCUUUCUUCGUCGUGCAGACUGUUCACAAGUUUGGUAAAAGUAAAAUCAGUCCGAUCUAUUUUAACGUUUUCUUAUGUGUCAUGUAUACAAACUCGGCGUUAGACCCUAUUCUGUUGUUUCUUUUUAAUGCCGAGAUACGAAGAGCAUUGAUAAAAAUGCUCUGCAAAGCGCUCUUCAAACCCAAGGCACUCUCAUCUCAAUCAGAGCUGUCUUCGUUUUUAAAUCAAGGAACAUGACGGAAGGAAGAAAGACCAAAGAGUGAUCCCGAAAUAUGAUAAAUAAGAGCUGUACUUAUGUAACAUACUGAAAACGGCGGUAAAAUGUUUUAAAUCUUUCUAUUACAGGUCGUCGUAAUAAAAUGCUUCGACCAAGACUCUUAUCUAAAACACACCCAAGUAAACUAGCGAGGAAUGUGACACUUGUCAGAAUAUCAAAGGAGGAUACACCAGUAGAUUCUAUGAUACAAAGUUUCUGAAAGAUAACCAUCACUAACUUAAUUACACAUGAAACCGUUAAUAGACAAUAGAACACAAAUGUACCAUGAAAAAUUUCUGAGGGAAGAAGUGAAAUGAAGAGCGUCGAUAAACACUUGGAAAAUGCGAACACAAUAUGCCCAAAGCAAAGGGUUGUAACUUUUAAGUGAUGGAGAAGUUUUAAGCUCACAAAAUCGAUAUUUCAGGUUUAGGCUUUACUUCAGAUCAUUUCAAAAGGAUAGAUGUUGAAGCUUUGUAAAGAGAUUGAUGUUCACAUUAGUCUUAAAUUUGUUUAAAGUUCACAACUAGACUGACUGAACACAAACGAGUGACAACAGUCCUUCUCAGGACUACACUCAUCCGGAUGAUCAAACUACACUAUUACAUGUUACCCCUGGGUUCAAACCAUUUACUGUUUUAAAUUUUAAUUCAGAAUUUUUCUACCAAAAUGCCAAACAUUUGGCUUAAUCUUUCGGUCAUCCUUGCUUCUUCAGUCAUCUGAAAUAUAAAACAAAUGAAAUUAUUUCAGUCGAGGGUAGUUUACACCAUAGGCUUUUGAAAGCAAUAUAGGAGUCAUACCGUAGCUAGGUUUUAAUUCCCAUCGUAUAUUGUGGAUCAAAAGCGGGAACCUUUCAAACUCCUGCCCAUUAGAAUACUUCUCAUGAAAUUUGAGCAUGCGCAAACUUUACCACCUAAGGUAGCAGAUGACAAGACAUCACUCUGCUCCGCCAGCCACACCCUACAAAAUCUGAAAUUUUGAACACGCACCGACAUGUUGACCCACCUAGUUGAAGCAGAGUCCCCAUUUCUUGUCCCUGCUGUAACUAGGAGUUGUUGAGCACCAUUUCCUUUUGUAUCUGUGUCCAUCAGUUGUACAAGAAUGGUAUAGUUUAUCUUUAAAACGGAAAGGAAACUCGCAGCAUUUCCCACGUGAAUUUCCUCCAUACGUAUCGACGCCGCUUUCGCAAGUUUCUAAAAACAAUGUUCUAAUGCUUGAUUCAGCUCUAAAAAUGUGUUCUAAGAUCCCUUAAACAUUCUGAUAUUUAAGUAGUGAGUACAUAAUUCCUUAGAUCGUUCCCCAGUUGAGCGUGAUAACUAAACUUGCCGCGCAAAAUUUGGAAGAGGAAGCCUCAGUAACUGUUGGCACUGAAAAUUCUUUACGUAAUCACAUGACAAAGGUUCUUUUACAGCAAAUAUAUAUAAUUCGCCACUCAGUGCACAGUCUUGGGUACCUCUGGCUACAUUACAGCGAUGCUUUAAGCCCAAUUAUUUUGUUCCCUCUGUGUGAAAUCUUCGGCAAUCUCAUAUGGUAUUAUUGUAAUAAUAACAAUUCUUAGUAUCAUGGUUAU